AUCGAGUUGACCAGCAUUGACACAUUUGCCUCCAAGCAGCUCAAACUUCACGAUGGCCUCCCUCCUCAUGUCAGUGUUCGACGCUGUCCGCUUCUUCUCUGGCUUCUCGGCCAAAAGCUCGAUCAUCGACGAGUACAACUGGAGCUACAUUGAGCGGCGGGGCAAAGACGAGAAGGACACAGACGUCGUCGUCUUCCUCCACGGCUUCAGCUCCGUCAAGGAGUCAUGGGUCCGCGUGGCUCGCGGUGUCGAUAAGCGCUACAAGAUCGUCAUCCCAGACUUGCCCGGCCAAGGCCGCACUACGCCCAUCGAUGCACUGACCGACUACUCAAUGCCCAAUCAAGCCGAGAGAUUGCACGACUUCUUGGAGCAGGAGGUACCCGCCAAUAAGAAGAUCCAUCUAGUGGGCUGCUCUAUGGGCGGCAUGCUCGCAGGAGUGUAUGCUGGUCUGUACCCGGAGCGUAUCAAGUCGUUGACAAUGGUGUGUCCAGCAGGCAUCUCUAUGCCCAGGAAGAGCACAUUGUUGAAAAUGCUUGAGGACUCUGGACGGAAUUUGCUGCUUGCACACACAGCCGAAGAACUCGUUGAGAUGAAUAACCAUCUCAGCUACGAUCCACGUAAAAUACCGAGUGUCUUUUUAAAUAUUAUCGCAUCGGAACGAGAGAAGCAGCUGCCUGUACUGGAGAAAAUUGUGCGCGAUUCACUCCAGAACCCGACGGUGUUGGAAGAUUUAUUGCCUAGUAUUCGGGCCAAGACGUUGGUGAUGUGGGGCAAACACGACCAAGUUCUGGACGUCUCAUCAGUGGACGUGCUGAAGCAGAAAUUAACUCCAGAAGCUCAAGGACAGGUACUGCUGUUUGACGAUUGCGGCCACAUUCUGCAACAUGAAAAACAUGCCGAGUGUACUGCUGCUAUCAACAAGUUUUUGGCGGGCGAAGCGCUGUCAGUGAAGAAUCUAAUGUAGGCGAGAAAAAGUAGAAAUAGAGUAGAUUAUGCAUGCUCAUAUAGUAUCAUCCUUGGCAUCAUAGUUCAUAGAGUUGAGUUAGAUCGUCUGAAAUUGUCUACCAACAACGUGAACACUUCGAGCAGUGGUUAAGACAAAAAAAAAAAAAAA